AUGUGCUGCUCGUGGUAUGAUGUCUCAACUUACUGUUCAGGGAAUGAAGCUUCUUCUUCCUUUACUUCUCAAGUUCCCUCUAUUUUUCCUGCUUCCUUCACUUCUCAACAUGGCCACAACCCCGAGCGUACUCCUUGGAUGCUACAACUUGCUCAUGCAUCAGAAGAGUUGAUGAAGAUGUUGUUUAAUGUGGAAACAUACAAAUCUACGAUGAUGGAGUUUGAGAUUAACAUGGCAGAGAUACCACUUGGGAAGCUGAGCAAAAGUAAUAUCAAGAAAGGUUUUGAAGUACUGACAAAGCUUCAGAAUCUAUUGAAAGAGACAACUGAUAAUCCUCAAAAAGAAAGCUUGAUUGUUGAUGCUAGCAACCGAUUUUUUACAGUCAUUCCUUCUGUUCAUCCACAUGAUCAAUAUGAUGACAUUCAUUCUUGUUAUAUUGAUUUGGCACUUGAACUGGAAGAAGUUUUCACAGUUGAAAGACAAGGAGAGUUUGAUAAGUUCGUUCCAUAUAAAAAUAAACUCAAGAACAAGAUGCUCCUUUGGCAUGGUUCUCGUUUGACAAACUAUGUUGGUAUUUUAAGCCAAGGAUUGCGAAUAGCUCUCCCUGAAGCUCCUGCAACCGGAUACAUGUAUAUGGACAAACUUCUAAAAGGGAAGGAAUCAACUAAAGAACUUGGGAAGAAGAUUCCUAAUGAGUCUGAACACAUUAAGUGGAAGGAUGAUGUUGUUGUGCCAACUAGAAAGCCGAUAUCAUCAAAUGUUAAGGAAUACGAGUUGAUGUAUAAAGAGUACAUCGUCUACAACACCAAUCAAGUUAGUUUAUCUUAA